AUGACCCGUAGCCAGUCAGGAGGUUUACUGCCGUUGAAUCCAGAGAUUGACCGCACCUGUCGCCAACUCAGGAGACAACAACGAGCUAGACUGGCUACGGAGGAGCGCCUAGACGGCCACUUGAGUAGCGAUUCUGAAGUAGAGUACGGGAUGGACGGAGACUACAAUCAGCACCAGGGGAAUCCUCAACAGGCUCCCCCGGUGAAUCAGGUCCUGGGGAACAACCCCAUACCCCAGGAUCAUGGAGUUCAUCAUCCACCGCAGCCGGGUCCCACCUUGGAGUACUACUACACUCCUCGGAUUGCUGACAUCCGCCCGGUCAUCCUCUACCCACCUAUUCCAGCAAACAACUUCGAGAUCAAGCCAUGCUGGAUUCAGCUCAUCACAUCCUCUAUCCAGUUUCAUGGCUUGAAGGAUGAGGAGGCCAGGGUACAUCUGUCCCAUUUUCUGCAGCUGACGAACGGGUUCAAGCUGAAUGGUGUCCCGGAUGAUGAAAUCCGCCUUCAUCUCUUCCCCCAUUCUCUGGCGGGGAAUGCUAAGAGGUGGUUGGAGACCCAGCCCCCAUUGUCCAUCACCUCUUGGGACAAUCUGGCUAGCAAAUUCGUGCACAGGUACUAUCCGGCAUCGAAGACUACAGAGAUUCAGCGGGAGAUCACUCACUUCCGCCAAGAGCCAGAUGAGUCACUUCGUGAUGCAUGGGAGCGGUACAUGGGAUAUUUCUGGCAGUGUCCCCAUCAUGGCUUUAGUGAUGCAUUCACAGUGGGGAACUUCUACAAUGCUCUCUCCCCAGAUAGCCAGAGGGUGAUUGAGUCUUUAUGCCCAGGAGGGGAUGUUCUCACUAAGACUCCACCCGAGCUGAACCAGAUGAUUAAUACUUUGGCUGCCAGAGAUCAUUCUUGGAGGCAGAGCAGCCGAGGCAGACAUUCCCGGGAUCGUGGUGUGCACGCCAUGGAGUCCAGAUCCGGACUCGAGCAGCAGGUAGCUGAGCUAGUGCAGACAUUGAAGCAGCCCAACAGUCUUAUUCCGGGCAGAGGUAUGGCUAUACCUCCAGUUGCUCAGUGUCAGUGGUGUGAGAGCUCGAAUCACUUAGUGGAAGACUGCCAGGCUAUGAGGGAGUCUACUACUCCCCAAGAGCAGUUGGACUUCAUCGCCAAUGCCCGGCGCCUCGACCCGUACAGCAACACAUAUAAUGAGGGGUGGCGCCAGCAUCCCAACUUCUCUUGGGGCAGCAACACCACUAAGCCACCUGGUUUCCCAGCACCAGCUGGUGGCUUUCAGCAGAGGCAGCCCUAUCAGGCUCGACAGGGCCCAGUUCCACAGCAGCAGCCCUACCAGCCUAGACAGGGCAACCACAGCAGUAGCCCUACCAGCCUAGGCAAGGGCAACCAUUCCAGCAGCCCCCGCGCCAGUUUGCCAAGCCAGCAGCAGCCCCAGUUCCAGAUACUCAGAUGA